AUGGCUGUAACAGAGGCUGUAAAGGAAGCUAUUUGGUUACAAGGUAUGGUUAAAACCUUGGGAUUGGUUCAGGAGCAUAUUGACGUAUAUGAUGACCAAGGUGGUAACAACAAUCAAGUUCGAACAUUGUUUGAACUUGAUCAAUACCCUGCAAGUUUAACAGUUGAAGAAGGCACUAUCAACCGGUUCUUAAAGACCUCGCCGACAAAAGAUAAGAUCAGGAAAGGUGUCGAUUGUGAUCCUCACCCUUCUCUAAACAUAUGCAAGGGUAUUUCCGCAAACAACGGGACCAUCUCAUCAGUAUUCUCAGUAAGACGCAUUGUCGUAACGCGCUUAGUGAUCGGAACAACUGCGGAAAAUGUGGCAACCGGUGCGAGUUUGGGCAACGUUGUUUGCGGUGGAGUUUGUACUAAUGUUGCUAACAACGUUAACCAUCGUGGCAAGUGUGGCAAUCAAUGCUCGUCUGGAGUUCGAUGUGAUAAUGGAUUUUGUGGUUAUGCUUAG